AUGGAAAAAGUCAAAGCUCUGUUAACUAAAGCUUUAGGAGAAAAAGCUACAGAUGACUUUAUAAAAGCUUGUAUGGAAGUUGAUGACACCCAAAUUAUCAAAAAGCGUGUAGCUACCCUAUUAGAUACUCGAAAACCGGAGAAUCGCCAAGUCUAUGAAAUUUUAAUACGAGAAAAAAUACGAAGAAGCGGAUUCACCGGUGAAGGAUAUCGUAAAACUAAUUCAAAUCCCAACGCUCCAAGUGACUGUUUAGAUGAUAUUUCAAUUUCAAAAAAGAAUGAUACAGAACAACCAUCAUCCUUACGAUCACAGAAUGUGUCGAAAAAAAAACAGAAAACUAAAUUUUAUCCAUUAUUUUGUGAAGGAGCUCAUAGUGACCAACUUGUUUCCUUGUUGCCUGGUAGACAUCCUUGUCAGUGUUUAGCAACUAAGCAUCAAUUAGUAAAUAACUGUGUCAAUUGUGGUCGUAUUGUCUGUGCACAAGAGGGUUCAGGUCCAUGCUAUUAUUGUGGAAAUCUUGUUUGUACACGAGAAGAACAAGAUCAGAUAGCAAUGAAUACUAAACAAAGUGAAAAGUUGAGAAAUAAACUUAUGCAAGUAGGAUGGGCUGCUGGUACUGAAACUCCAUAUUAUCGAAUUGCCCGCCAAGCUCAGAAACUGCAGAAAAAGGGAGUAAAUACUGACAGUACAUCGACAGAGUUACUUGAAUACUGA